AUGGUCGACAUCAACAUCCGAGAGGUCUUGUCUCAUCUGUCUGACGAGCCACGGCGUGGGUGGCUGGCCCGAGGCAUCCCGCGUGCCGACUGCGAGAGCGUCGCCGAGCACUCUCAUGCCGUGUCGCUCAUCUGCACCGCUUACGCCCCCGAGCAGCUCAAAGCCAAAGCCACGGAGCUGGCGGCGGCCCACGAUGUGGCCGAAGCCGUAACCGGGGACAUCAUUCCCGCGGACCAGGUGGGCAAGGAAGCGAAGCUGUCGCGAGAGAGGCUGGCUUAUUUGUUCCUCGAGUCCAUGGACCCAGUCGCCGGCUCGAGGCUCACGGAGCUGUGGCGGGAGUAUCAAGAGAAUCGAACCGAGGCCGCCCAGCUCGUCCAUGACGCCGACAAGCUUCAGCGGCUAGACCGGGCAUUCGCAUACGCUCGCCGUUUCCCGAAGCUAGACCUAUCCGACUUUAAACACGACGCGACGCAGAUUGUGGGUGACAGCAUGCGUCAGGAAGCUCGACAAGUGCUCGAGAAAUGGACGUCUUGGGAGCAGCGACGGCAGACUUUCAUCUUCGUUAUAGGCGGCCCGGGUGUCGGAAAGGGCACGCAGUGCAGCAAGGCGGCAGCUACCUUGAGAGCCGCCCACGUGUCUGCGGGCGAAUUGCUACGGUGCGAACAAGCACGACCGGGAUCCCGAUUCAGAGACUUCAUUACGCAGAGCUUUGAAAUGUCUAUACCGGUGCCUCCGACAUUAAUCAUCGACCUAGUGCGGGAGGCCAUCCAGCAUGAUCCGUGUGAGACCAUUUUCCUCGACGGCUUUCCAUUGACCGUAGAGCAGCUUCGGUACUUUGAGAACGAGCUGUCCAUCAAGUACGGGACCGUCUUGUUGGAUGCGGGCAGCGAGACGUUGCGGAGGCGCUUGCAAGGGCGAGCCGAGUCCUCGGGCCGCGCCGAUGACGAACCGGACAGAAUCGACAAAAGGAUCGAGGCAUUUCAUGCAAGGCCUAGCCCGGUGAUGGACCUCUUGCGCAGCCGGGAACAGCCAUUCUUUGCAGUCGAUGGCGAAGCCGAGGUGGAAGAUGUGCAAGCAAAGUUUGUCGAGUAUGCUCAAGCUAUCCUACGGCUAUAUUCGUCGCCACACCUUACUUAG